GCUCCAGGCCUCCAGGCUGCCAGCCAAUAAAAGACCUUCCUAGUGAGUCAAGCUGCAACGUCACUCCAGCCUCGCGCUCAGACUGGCUAUGAUAUGUACAGCUCAACCGCUAGGAUCGCCUUGUGUCAUGUUAAAAGGUAGUAAAUGUGCCUUUAUUGCUCUCCACUGAAGGAGCAAGAGGUACAAACUUCCAUCGGGCUAUCGACAUCCAUGGCUCUCCCUAACCAGGCCCCCGAGACUUCAUCCAAAGUCCAACCGAUUGAAAUGAUAGAAACCAAAGAAGCGGACAAAAACAACCAGCUCUCCCAGCACAACCACCGGCCUGGUGUAUUCAAUUUCUUUGCCCUCCCACGGGAGCUCCGCGAUGUGAUCUACUACCUCUACCUAUACCGCCCUAGAAGCGUAGUUUACAAUCCCCGCUCGCCACCAGCAUUCCCGUUCGCGCACCCCGAAGACAUCACUAACUUAUUCCUGGUCAGCCGACAAGCGUAUGAGGAGGGGCUGCAAGUCUUCUGCCGCUACAAUACGGUUAAAAUUGGCGACCCCGACCACAUUGUCAAAAACCUCGAGGGGAAGCUGAGAAUGUUCCCAGAUAAACCCGGACGAAUGUUGCAGUGCGUGAGCAGAGAGUACUUUGAGUCUACGUCGGGCUACGUUGUACGGGAUACCUCGUUCAGCGCACAAACCCCAGCCAAGGUGUUCAUCUUGAUGCUACAGGACAUGUAUACGUUUAAAUCCUACUUUCCCAAGCUCCGCCAGUUUACUGCUGAGUGGUACGCAUGGAAUCCUUUCUUUAAGAAAAAUGGCAUGAAUUUCCGCGGUCAGAAUGAGGAAGAGAAAAUACAGACUUGGUUGGUGUGGAUGAGGCGACAUGUCCAAGAGGAACAUAUGGUGCCACCGAGGGGGCUGAGGUUUGAGUUGUGCAUACACAAUUCAAUGCAGGCGCAUGAGAAUGCCAUGAAUGAGGCGUACGAGAUACUAUUGAGAGAGACGCCUACUCCUAGAGACGAAAGCAUGGAACUAGAGGAAAGUGGGAAGAGGUGGCUGGAGGUGGCCUGGGGGGAGGUGUAGAGCAAACAUUGCGAAAGCGCACGCUACGAUGAGCAUGCCGAUGCGGUAUCGACGAGGAGAUGGCUGCUUCCUAAUGAGGGGACGGAAUCGCAUAAGAGUAAGAUGAUGACGAGCAAUGCAAGAAGUGUGAUACGCUGCU